AGGGCGGUUACAGAAAGCAACAGAGGACACCGGGGGCUUCAGUGAGUGUGUCCUAGGGGGGACACCCCUCUCACAACCCAAGGGCAGAGGAAGAAGGCUCUGCCCCAGCACAGAAAGGAAAAGGUCAGCAGAGGCCUUGGAAGAUGAUGUGUAUGUCCAGAUAGUGAAGAGACACCUAAGGAAGACGUGGAGCUGUAGCAGGGCCAGAGCGUGCUGGGGUGUGUGUGAUCUGUGAGCAGCCAUGGAGGAAACCUACCUGCUGAAUGUGGAAGGGGUCAAAAAGAAGAUUCUGCACGGAGGCCAAGGGGAGCUGCCAAAGUUGCAGGAUGGGAGCAAGUUCACCUUCCACUUCCAGACGCUGAAGGAUGACUUUGAGCGGACAGUGAUCGAUGACAGCCGGGAAGCUGGCAUGCCCAUGGAGAUCAUCGUGGGCAAGAUGUUCAAGCUGGAGAUCUGGGAGACGCUGCUCAGCUCCAUGAGGAUUGGGGAGGUGGCAGAGUUCUGGUGUGACAUCAUUCACACAGGCAUGUAUGCCCUGGUCUCCAGGGGCAUGCGGAGGAUCGCGGAGGGACGGGACCCCCUGGAAGGCCAGAAGCACCGCUGUGGCAUGGGCAACAUGUUUGACUACCACAGCACGGGCUACGAUGACCUGGACGAGCUGCAGCGGACACCACAGCCUCUCAUCUUCAUCAUGGAGCUGUUCCGGGUGGAGGACCCCUCGGCGUACAAACGGGACACCUGGGCCAUGAGCAAGGAGGAGAAGCUGGCAGCAGUGCCUGUGCUGCACAGUGAGGGCAACCGCCUCGUCCUGCGCAGGGAGUUCGCGCAGGCGGCGGCCAAGUACCAGGAGGCUGUCAUCUGCCUCAGGAACCUCCAGGCCAAGGAGAAGCCGUGGGAGGAUGGCUGGCUGAAGCUGGAGAGCCUGGUCACGCCGCUGGUGCUCAACUACUGCCAGUGCCAGAUGGAGCUCGGCGAGUACUACGAGGUGCUGGAGCACACCACGGAGCUUCUCCAGAAGCACAAUGACAACGCCAAGGCCUAUUUCAAGCGGGCGAAGGCCCACGCUGCUGUCUGGAACGAGCGGGAGGCACGGGAGGACUUCCAGCGCGUGGCUCACCUCGACCCCUCCAUGGCGGCUGCAGUGAAGAAGGAGCUGAAACAGCUGGGGGAGAGGAUGAGGAAGAAGCACGUGGAGGAUCGGAAGCGCUACCAGGGCCUCUUCCAGUCGUCCCAGGGUCUGAAGGCCCGUGAGGGGCAGGAGAGCAGGGAGGUGGGUGAUGGGGCACCUCAGGGUGAGGCUGGGGUCCGGGACAGCCCUGGGCAGGGGGAGCAGGAUGCUGAGACUGAAGUAACAGGACAACCAGGGGCUCUGGAAGCAGAACAAGGGACCCCCAGGGCUGGGGGUGAAGGGGCAGCACCAGGAGGAGAAGCCCGGGGAGAGCCUGUGGGAGAAGAGGUGGAAGGGAGGGAUCGGACAGCAGUGGGGGAAGAAGUAAACCUGGGCACCUGUGGGGCAAAGUCAGAGAGCCUGGGAACAGAGGAGGAAGGUGAGGAAGAGGAAGAGAGGGAAGAGGAAGAAGAGGAGGAAGAAAAGGAAGAAAAAGAGGAGAGCAAAGAGGAAAAGGUGGAGAGGGGGGCAGAGGAAGAAGAUGAGAAAUUAAAAGAGGGUGAAGAAGUGGAAAAGGACGAGGAAAAGGACGAGGAAAAGGACGAGGAAAAGGACGAGGCAGUAGCAAAAGGGAAAGUGGAGAAGGACAAAGAGAAAGAGAGUCUACCAGCAAAACUGGGAAAGCCUGAAGCAGGGCAAUGUGGGACAACAGGGGAGACAAAGGCAGCAGGGCUAGUGCAGGGCUUGGAGCAAGGAGCCAGUGGAGCAGAGGGAGCUGGCACAGGGAAUGAGGCCCAGGCUCAGCCAAAGAGAACCCCAGAGCUGGGGGCUCCCAGCGAGGGGCUGGGUUCAGCUGAGGGGCCCCCAGGGCUGGAGGAUAAAACGUCUGGGGAGGGUCUUGAAGAGGUGAGCUGCAGGGAGCAAGGAGCAGGCAGUGGACAAGAAAAUUCUGGGGAAGGCAACAUCCCACCAGAGAGCUUCACCUCUGGGGAAGAUGAGGAGCUGGGUGGAGGGGCAGAAAUACCCUCCUGCCCCAUAACAGCCAGAGAAGGGGGUGCUGCACCCCUGGAGCAACGCAGCAAAGAGCAGGGCCAUGACCAGCCCUGAGCAGGGUCAGUCACCCCUGCUUGGGGAAACAACUGCCAGGCCACUGACAAAAAGGCACAGCACAGCCAGCAGGGCUCCUGUACCCUGAGAAGGAGCCCCGGGGCUGGGGACUGGCCGGGCAGUGACACGGGAACAAUGCUGUCCUCACCCUUCCACCGCCUGGCCCACCAGCCCCACUGUGCGGCAGCGCCCGCCGCACCCCUGCCCCGACUCCCCGGCUCCAGCGCCUUUCAGCUGGGCGCCACCGAGCUUUGCUGGCUGAGAAAUAAAAGCUCUUCCCUGGCA